UUGAACUAAGACAAUGCUAUAGGGAAUAUAAAGCUAGUCAAAAAGUAUUAAAAAGUAAGGAUAAUACAUAUAAUAUAUCUUUACCUAAGCAAGACAACUCUUAUAAAGAACCAAAUAGUGAAAUGUGUAGUCAUAAUGCAGUCAAUAAAACAACUAAUAAUAUAGAAACAACAGUUUGUAUAGUAGAAAAUAAAGAGAUAGUAGGAACAGAAGCUCUGCCAAUAGAAUUACCACAAGAUAGAAAUUCAAACUUACAAUAG